AUGGGUACCAGCUUUGCCGCACCUGGAUUCAUCCUUCUUCUAACUGCAUGCAUGGUGGCAGUUAGUGAGGCUGACACAAUAGUGGUUGGAGGGUCUGAACACUGGCACUACGGCUUCAACUAUACCUAUUGGUCUAUCCAACAUGGCCCUUUCUUCAUAAAUGAUAAGCUAGUGUUCAAGUACAAUCCACCAAGCAAGAACUACCCACGGCAUAGCGUAUACUUGCUACCAAACCUUUGGAGCUUUGUAACUUGCGACUUCAGUCAAGCGAAGCUGUUGGCUAAUCCGCAGCAAGGUGGUGGGAAGGGGUUUGUGUUUGAGCUCACAAACUGGAGGCCUCACUAUUUUGCUUCAGGAGAGGAAGAUGGCUCCCAAUGCGGAGAUGGGCGGAUGAAAUUCUUUGCUGUGCCUCUGCCUCGCUGGGGAAAAUGA